ACAAGGAACAAGAUUUGCUCUUGGAUUUGAAAAGAAAAAGAGACUUUCUGUACCGAAUUAAUUUUGGUACAAAAUGCCUCCGACUCUCUUCCAGAAACUUUUCAACAAGAGAAAUGCGUUUUCGUCGCCGCCCCCGAGAUGUAGCAAAGAGGAUCCAGCUUUCAGCUGGCCAAUCCCCCAGCUGGAUCCCAGUCAGAUCAGGCUGAUAGUCUACCAGGACUGUGAGAGGCGUGGCAGAAAUGUCCUCUUCGACUCCAAUGCCAAAAAGAGGGGCACAGAGGAAACCCCCAUCACCAGCACUGAGGGCCAGGUUAAGAUGUUUGGGAAAUGCUGCCAGCUCCGUCCUACUGGAGGCAGCAGCAGUUCCUUGGACAGCUCCUCCUCUUGCACCUCAGAAACCAAGGAAACCAAGGAGCAGGGUCUCCGCUUCCAGGGUUCUAGGUGUUCGUCUGAUGUGGUAAUGCUGGGUGAAAUGAUGUUUGGCUCUGUGGCUAUGAGCUACAAAGGUUCAACGCUAAAAAUCCACCAGAUCAGAUCGCCACCUCAGCUGAUGCUGAGCAAGGUCUUCACCGCCAGGACGGGAGGCAGUGUGUACGGCAGUCUCAACACGUUACAAGACAGCCUAGAGUUCAUUGGACAGGACAGCAACACACUAAGGCCUGAUCAAAACACCGGGCCCAACAGUCUCCUAGGAAACAUAGGAUUUUCUCAGCUCUGCAGCCCUCGACGGGCCUUCUCUGAACAGGGCCCUCUGCGCCUCAUCAAGAGCGCAUCUUUCUUUUCAGGCCACAGUCACCCCAUGGACAUGCCUGGCCGAGGGCUUCACGAUGAGAGGGACAGCGGUAUCGCCAGGUCAGCCUCUCUGAGCAGUCUGCUCAUCACUCCCUUCCCAUCCCCUGGCUCCUCCCUGACCAGCAGCUGUGCGUCCAGUUACCAGCGCCGAUGGCUCCGCAGCCAAACCACCAGCCUGGAAAACGGCGUCUUCCCCCGAUGGUCAGUCGAGGAGAGCUUCAACAUGUCUGACGAAAGUGGUGGACCUAGCCUCGGCGUGGCACGGAAGAAGAAGAUUGCCAUUGGUGUCAUCUUCAUGCUGUCUCCCAACCCUGAGGAGAACAACCGCUUCCAGGAUUUCUUUUUCUCCCACUUCCCUCUCUUUGAAAGCCACAUGAACAAACUCAAGAGCGCUAUCGAACAGGCCAUGAAGAUGAGUCGGCGGUCAGCUGAUGCCAGCCAGAGGGCCUUGGCCUACAGCCGAAUGGUGGAUGGACUCAAUGAGUUCAGGAUGACCAUCUGCGACCUCUACACCAUGCCCCGGGUGGCUGAGCCUGUCUGGCUGACUAUGAUGUCUGGAGCAUCUGAGAAGAAUCAGCUCUGUGGUCACUUCAUGAAGGAGCUCUCCUUGCUGAUGGAGCAGGCCUCCAAGAACCAAUUCCUCCCUGCAUUAUUGACAGCCAUCCUGACCAAUCAUCUGGCCUGGGUGCCCACCGUCAUGCCCAAUGGGCAACCUCCAAUCAAGAUAUUCCUUGAGAAGCACUCCUCCAAGAGCGUCGACAUGCUUGCAAAGACGCACCCCUACAACCCGCUCUGGGCACAGCUAGGAGACCUGUACGGUUCCAUUGGGUCACCGGUACGGCUGUCAAGGACCGUGGUGGUAGGCCGCAGACAGGAGCUGGUCCAGAGACUCCUCUAUGUCCUCACCUACUUUAUUCGUUGCUCUGAGCUGCUGGAGACCCACAUGCUGGACAGCGCUGAGGAUGAAGCCAUCGUUAUGCCCGGCUCUCUCAUCACCACCUCCCUAAGGAAGGGAGAGGUGGAGGAGUCUGACUAUGUCCUGGUUACUGUCCAUAAACCCGGUGGGGACUACUUGUCCCAAGGGGCCCAUGGUCGUCAGACUGAGACAGAGGACAGCAGCUACCCCUCAGACAACAGCCUCCAGAGCAGCACAUACACAGACACGGAGGCAGAGCAUGGCACUGGAGACACACCCAAAGAAGAAGAUGAGGAGGAGGUGGAAGAGGAGGAGGAGGAGGACAGCAGUGACAGUCAUGGGUCCAGGAGCAGUGUGCUUCACACAGGACACAGCCAGGGUGACAUCCCUGUUAUCAGGACUUCAGAGGAUGCUGAACCUGGGGAGCUGCGCAGGGAGUCUAGCAGCCCAUUGGCCACAGAGGCCAGACUGGAGACGGUGCUGCGGGUUGGCUCGGCAUCCCCUAGGGAGCAGGUCUGUGUGUUGGAUACAGAGAUCAAAGGAGAGCUGAGACUUAUUGUCCCAUCCAUACCUACAAUCAAGUCAAGUCCAUCCCCGAGCCCUGUCAUCACAGAGGGUAAAAGCUCUUGGUCAGAGGCUGGGAUGGAUGCAGGAACUGGGAAUCAGCCCGCCAGAGUGCUGUCUCCUCGGCCUUUGGAGAUCCCUCUAGAGAAGAAACCCCCAGAUAAGAACCUCGGUCCUACAGUGCCAGUACCAGUGAUAUCUGGAAACACCAUGACAGGGCCCAUGGCUUUGACUCUAACAGAAGAGGAUGAGCCGGCAACAAAAGUCACUUUCCUCAUUGGAGACUCCAUGUCUCCUGAGUCGGACACAGAGAGCCGCAGAAGGAAAGUGGAGGAGGACAGGAAAAAGCACAAGAAGCACCUGUUGCUGAUUCAGCAGCAACAACAGCAUCAUCAUGGGCAACAUUAUCCACAGCAGCUGCAGAGAGGAACAGAUUCAAAGGCCAGCAACACCAAUGUAUCAGAGGACCAAACCAUACAGACCAAGGUGGCUCCAGCCCUGCAGCGGGUGUCAAGUAAGAUGCCCCAGUGGAGCCCAAACUGUGUAGAUGAUUUUGAUGAGUAUUUCAGCAUGGAGAACCCUGUGGAGACUAGGACUAUUGACGAUGUCACCAAACGGCAGGAGUCCAGCACCACAGACAGUAUGCGCAAAGACUUGCUGGACCCCUCGGGAGUCUGCCGGCCUGGUGACUUGGGCAAUCAAAGCUUUCCAGGUGCAGUGAGGGGUCAGGGUCUCUGUUUGGGUUCAGGUAGGGGAGAGAUUGGGUCCAGCAGGAAGGGAGACACUUUGUUGGAUGUCCACAGGAGGUGCAGGUGUGGGUCUACAGAUUCCUCCGACAACUGCUGCUGCAGGGGCUGUUCUGCUGUGCAGGACAAGGGUCUUCUGUUGUCAGUACCCUUCUCACAGGAUGGGAGCAGCAACAGCAAAGAGGACCAAAAGCGUAAGGCAGUGCCUGUUAAUGACUGGGAAAUACCGCGCAACGAGAGCUCAGACAGCGCACUGGGAGACAGUGAGAGCGAGGAGACCGAGGACUGGCAGGAGGAAGUGCUGGUGCCAUUCCCAGGGUCGAAGUUGGUGGAGAACUACUCGAAGCCAACCAUUGCCAAUUUUGGCCGGUCUCUGUUUGGAGGCUACUGCCCCACCUACGUGCCAGACUUUGUACUGCAUGGGUUGCCCAGCGACGAGAAGCUACGGCAAUCCCUCAUGGCUGAAUUAACCCAUGCUGUUCAGCAUCCAGUAUUGGAUGAGCCCAUCGCGGAGGCUGUCUGCAUUAUAGCAGACACAGACAAGUGGACAGUUCAGGUGGCUAGUAGUCAGAGACGAGCCACGGAUGUCAACAAGCUAGGGAAGGAAGUCCUGGUGUCCAGCCUGGUUUCCAGCUUAUUGCAGUCCACUCACCAGCUCUACAAACUCAACCUCUCACCCAACUUUUGUAUAAUGCACCUUGAGGACCGCCUGCAGGAAAUCUACUUUAAGAGUAAGAUGCUUGCUGAGUAUUUGAAGGGCCAGACAAGAGUCCAUGUAAAAGAACUGGGCAUGGUCCUAGGAAUCGAGUCAAGCGACCUUCCCCUGUUGGCGGCAGUGGCCAGCACUCACUCCCCUUAUGUGGCCCAGAUCCUACUAUGAGACUGUAAUGGCACUGAGCUCCCCAGCAAUGAGCUGCCAGAGGGAGUCAAUCAGACCUGGGUGGUGCCACUCUGGCCCCAAAAACGGCCGUCCAAGCUUCGCAGCUGACCCCCAACAUGGUUUCCUGACCUGUGUGUCUGGCCUUAGUAGGAUCUUUACUCUGAGCCAGAGCAGUGCACGUCUUUAUGGACCACAGCCAGCGCCUCUCCUCACCACCACCACUGCUGCUGAAUGAGGUGCAAUGCAGAUGUUGCACCACAAGGGGGAACUAGAGACCACAGUCCCACAGAUGGAGCGAGGGUCUGCGGAUAACUGAAGCAUCCCUGAUAUAACCUACUCCAUUUGUUUGAAUGUUUCUUUUAAAGCAGAACUCUUUUAUUUUUGGACACAAAAGCCAAAGACUUUAUACAUUUUCCAGUUGAGAAUGAAACUUUAAGGAUAUUUACAGUAUAAUAAUAAUGGAUUUUUUUUUCUUUUAUGGUUUUUCGUUCUUUGUACAAUCUUAAACCCAGUUGUACAACCUGAUGGACUACAAGUUUAAAGGAAACAGAUGGACCUUUUUAGACAUUACUUUGAGGUAAAUAUCAUUGAGAACAUUAUCAAUCUCAUACCAAUUAUGUUAUUUCACUUACCUUCAUGUAUUUGUUUACAAGCCAAAAUUUCCCUGUGAUAUCUCAAUGACAACUUUUAUUUUCUUGUCAAAUUGCAACUCGCACCUGACUUAAGCCUAUUCUGUUUCUGGCCACAUUGGGGUUAAUCGAUGCACACCGUGAUUUUUGGUUUUGACAAACUGAUUUUGAAAUGGCUAAAAGUGGCUUUGACAUUCUUAUCAUAGGUACAGCACUACCUCAGAUCUUCAUAUGGGCCGUGGAUAACACACUUUUACAGAUGUCCCAUAGAAAACCCUGAGGUAUACUUUUUAAGAUAUUUUAAUCAGAGGAAUGUCAGCGUCAUCUGUGUGCAGACUCUAUGCUGUGUUCUUCGAAAAAGGGAAGGUUGUUAAAUUCCUUAUGAGGAUUGUUACACAUAUUUUGCUUCAGAAUGUGAUUAAGGGAGGAGAAAGGUCCCUUUCUACUGUGGAAAAGCUAAAAACAUGCACCAUCUACAUGUAUUUUAAAACCAAAAUGCUGAAAUAUUUUCACACUUUUAUAGCUUUGCCACCUUUUUACGAUGUUUACUGCUUCGAUGUUUGCUGCAGAGAGAGGAGAAGAGGAACACAGGAGGCCUUACUGUGGUGGAUUCAAAUAUAUAUGGAUUGAACACUAUUUUCAAACCAGUUUCUAUGAUGGUUAUUCUAAAAAAGAAGAAGAAAAAACACACAAAAUACAAAACUACAGUAGUACACCUUUUUCCUUUUUUUUUUGUUUUGUUUGAUUUUCCAUGACAUUGACAAAUGAUUUUAAUUGUUCUGCCAUAUAGCCAGGGUGCGAUUUGCUGAGUGUAACAGGGAGGUGGAGAUGCUUUCACAGCUUCUGUUUUGUAGAUUCUCUCCAAGGCAUAAAGUGUAACCUGCAGAGGGGCCAAUGGGGCAUUAUUCAUUGUUAUUAUUAUUACUUAUUUUUGUCACCACAAGACAGCAUUGGAAAUGAAGUUAUAUUAUUUCUUUAUUGGAUUGGGGGCAGAAUAAGAUGAGUUAAAAAUUCCCAAAUAAUAUAAAGUAAGCACCAAAAGCAGGGAGGAACUAUGUGUAUGUUCUUCCAUAAAGCACUCUACAAUUGUGUGUGUGUUUUACAUAGCAAAUUUAUGUUGAUGGCAAGUGAAUUGCAGGCAAAUGGAUAAAGUUUAAUCUAGCCAGCAGCCAACUAAAUAUUGCCUGAAUUUUCUUUCACCAAAUUUUUUUAACCCAAUUUCAAAAGAUCUUCCUAAACGAUUUGAGUCUACUUCAAGCUCAAGCUUAUUGAUGGGCUUUAAAGUAAGUCGAACUGUGUGCUGAGAAUGGCUUGUUUUGUUAGGAAAAGUAGGAAUAACCAUCUGUAUUUCCUGAGAACAGUGUUUAUUUCUGUCUAUAAGUCAAAUCGCACCCUAUAUAUGACCCAAGUCUUAAUGGAGAUGUGGCAUGAAUGCAUCACAGGCUUCUGGAGAGCUCAUUUUGCUGGUAAAAUUGCUUGUUACUUCAUUAAGGAUGCUCCGCUGUAUCAGCCUACAUUUUUGUACAACCCAGCCAUUAUGUUUAAAAGGUAUGACUUUACAUCUGCUUUUCCCUCUUUGUAUAAGAAUAAAUUAUUUAGUUGCUCAUGAUAUGUGUAACGGUUCAUGUAAACUGUACAUACGGUGUUUAUUUCCAUGUAUUUGUACAGAAUGUCUUUUAUGAAUUGUCACCUCAAAUUAUUUUUUCCCAAUUUUAUGGGACUGUUGUGCAAUAAAGAUGCCGAUGUUAAGAA